CGUCUUGCGACACUUCAGACAGUUGGAGAGAGCGAAACAGAACAAGUGUGAAAUAUCAUUGAGGUCAUUGGGGUGUCUUUGAAAGGUUAUCGAGCGUUGUCUCAAAUUUGAAAUCCAUCUCAUUCGUGCUUACAAAGUCACUGCGAACAUGUUGCCGCGAUAUCUGAAGCCUAUAUUGGGAGUUGCUCAACAAGGAGCGAAACGGCUAUCUACCAGCUGCACGAGUAAUGCCAAGGUCGCAGUUUUGGGGGCCAGCGGAGGAAUCGGCCAACCGCUAGCAUUGCUUCUGAAAGAGUCACCUCUUGUAACCGAAUUAUCAUUGUAUGAUAUUGUGAAUACACCAGGUGUCGCUGCUGAUCUAUCGCAUAUGGAUACGGCGGCAAAAGUGAAAGCAUUCACUGGACCAAACGAAUUAAAGGAUGCCGUUAAAGGAGCGCAGGUAGUCCUUAUACCUGCCGGUGUUCCACGUAAGCCCGGAAUGACGAGAGAUGAUCUUUUUAACACGAACGCUUCGAUAGUGAGAGAUCUUGUCCAAGCUAUAGCAGAAGUAUCACCGAAAGCACUUAUUGCCAUUAUUUCGAAUCCGGUUAAUAGCACUGUACCUAUUGCCAGUGAGGUAUUGAAAAAGGCUGGCGUUUACGAUCCCAAAAGAGUAUUCGGUGUUACAACUCUCGAUAUUGUCAGAGCAAACACAUUCAUUGCUGAGUAUAAAGGCCUUAGUCCGCGGGAAGUAUCAGUGACAGUUAUUGGAGGUCAUAGCGGUGUCACUAUUAUUCCUUUACUUUCACAAACCAAACCUUCAAUUUCUAUCCCAGAAGAUAAAUUGAAGGCUCUGACUCACAGAAUUCAGGAAGCUGGUACUGAAGUUGUUAAAGCGAAAGCUGGCACAGGUUCUGCAACGCUUUCGAUGGCAUAUGCUGGUGCUCGAUUCGGUUUCUCCUUAAUCAAGGCACUUAAUGGAGAAAAGAAUAUUGUAGAGUGCACUUACGUCAAAUCGGAUGUUUGCGAUACCAAAUACUUUUCAACGCCUUGUCUGUUGGGCAAAAAUGGACUCGAAAAGAAUCUUGGUAUCGAGAAACUCAGUGAGUACGAGAAGAAACUAUUGGACGCAGCAAUUCCAGAACUCAAGAAGAACAUUGAAAAGGGAGAGAGUUUCGUGAACAAAAAAUGAACAUUGUAAACUAUUUUGAUAAAAAAAUUAAAAAUGCCGAAUAGGACAAUAUGAAAUGAAACUCCGGCGAUUAUUGGUAUCAAUCAUGAAAAUGAUUCGUGUUGUACACGAAAAAGAAA